GCCGUAAAACUUAAUUGACGGUACAUUAUACUUUACCAUAAUUGGCGAUGAACACCGCCGUACUAUGGUUAUAAUGUAAUUUUGAAUGUAAAAAAAAAAAAUACACAAACGAUGUGGUUUCCAUCCGACUUAAUACCAUGUGACACUCUGACAACGUGACCUCGCCUACGUGAUUGAGCGGUGAUAUAUUAUAACUCUGUCAAUAUUUACACGCAACAUUUCUCAACUGUAAUGGACAAGUUGACAUACUUUUGUACUAUUAUGACAGUGUGAAAAGGUUAAAAUAACGUGUUUGUUGUUUUUGCUCUGGUAUCAUUAUUUCGACAUGUUGCGACGCCUCGUAUCGACAUCUUGUUUGUACAAAGUAUGGAAAAGCACUAAUUAUGUGUUCUCCCGUGUCAUCACGCAAGAAGCAAGCAGGGUUGGUGCCUGCCAUCCCCACUACGCCCUAUGUCGCCCCUCCAGUACCGAGAGUCCACAGAAACAGGACCACUUGGACUUGGACAAAUGGAAAUCCCUCAUGAAGUCCCAAGCUUGUGUGGCGGAGAAGGAGGAGGAGGAGGAUGAUGCGAGUGACGAUGACCAAAGUGACGGGGAUGCUCCGAACAACAGCCUGGAGGCCACCAGGGAGAUGGUUGCGUUGUGGCGUCUAUCUAACAGUCGGGUACCUCAGGAGAUGACGGAUGAGCAGUUAAUGGAACUGGCAAAACGCACCACAAAGUCCGCGAGAAAGAAUUUUAUCAAGUUCCUGGCCAUCAAGGAAGGUCAUAAAAAAGCGCGCAAGGAGAAGAAGCAGAAGAAGGCGGCGGCGAGGGACGCCUCGCUCAAGCAGAAAUUGGAAGAAGACGGGGAACAAAAAGAAUUCAAGAACACAUUCCUUCUCCAGUACUGGAGCAGAAGCUUGGACUAUUUGCUGAGGUGGAGGAGCGCCCAGGCCAUGCGCUUUGACCAGCCUCUGGUCUUGGACAUGAGCUACGAGUCCAGCAUGUCCAAGCGGGAGAUUGAAAACACGGUCUCCCAGCUGAUGGAGCUGGAAGGCUGGAACCGACGCGCCAAUGAGCCCUACCACUUACACUUCUGCAACCUCCAGCCAGGCGGAGCCUACAUGGCGGAGCUCGUCAAGCGCUACGGCGCGGACCACUGGGAGCGCCUGCUCAUCACCAGCACGGACCGCCAGGCGGUGGACCUGUUCCCCCCCGACCGCCUCGUUUACCUCACCGCAGAUUCCCCCAAUGUGCUCCGCAAAUUUGACCACUCCAAAGUCUACAUCAUCGGCAGCCUGGUGGACCGGUCCAUCCUCUCCGGCGUGUCUUUAGCCAACGCCAAGCGUCAGAAGCUGGCCACGGCCCGACUACCGCUGGACGAGUUCCUCCACUGGGAGACGGGCGCCAAGAACCUGACCUUGGACCAGAUGAUCCGCAUCAUGUUGACCAUCAAGGAGACGGGGAAAUGGCAGGAGGCGCUGAAAUUUGUGCCGAAGAGGAAGCACAUGACCGAUCUGACGUCUGCAGAGAACGGGAACAGGUCUUUGCAAUCCAAGGGGCAAAGGAGUAAAAAUACUUUCAGAGGCGAGGAACUCAGUAUACAUAAAUCCCAGAGGAAGUCUGGCGUCACUUGGACGGACAAAGCAAGAAUCAGAGAAAAAUCAGGAGAGACGAGAGUAAAGAUGUCUCUCAAGAGCAGCAUGGAAGCGAGGCGUGAAGGCAGGAGCAAGUCAUGGUGGGACGAUUCCUGAACACAUUUACAAAGUCAAAGCUCAGCCAAUAAAAUAAUGGAAUCAUU